AUGAUCAGAUCACCAAAACCGACACAAAGGCAGACCACCAGCCAAAUCCCUACUCCAUCACCUAGGAUGAGCUUGGAUAGUAUUCCAAAAACACCACCAUCACAAAAGGGAACAGGACCCCAAGAAUGGGGCCCCGAUAUGGAUCGUUUCUGGGAAGAUCUGACCACCAUUACCAAUAGAAUAGCAAAGGCCAUUGAUGUACUGGAAACGCAGCCAACUUUAAGGAAGGAUACUAAGGAAAAACUAAUUACAACCCUGAAAAAGACAAAGGAAAAAACUAAAAAGAUGGAAAGUACUGCAGAGGAGAUAAGAUCCUAUAUAGAACAACAAGAAAUUAGGUUCUCAGGCAUGCAAAGAGACUUACAGGAAAUAAAAAAGGAAGGAAACAUCAUGGAAAAAAUUGAUGGAAUAGAAAUAGGGAUGAAAAAGUUGCAAGAGGAACAGAUGGAUAAAAUGAAAUCUGUAAUGAAGGAAUGGGAAAUGAAAUGGGAAAUGGAAAAUAGAGAAAGACAUACAAGAGCGGACAUACGACACAUCGAACACACAAUAACAAUGGACCCCAUAGAAGUUUUUAAAAGAAUAGAAAACAUGGAAGACAAUAUUACAGCAGAGAUAAUAGAUAUGGGAAGACGGGUGGGAGAAAAAUCAGAGGACAAUGAGAACAGCAUAAAACAAAUAAUAGAAGAAAAAACUAAAGAGCUGAAAAAUGAAAUAAACAAGUGCUCAAACGGGGGUACAGACUAUAAACACAACACACCCAUACUAGAACGACUGGCUGAUACUGAGGAAUAUCUAAAUGGACGAAUAACUCAUGCAAGGGAAGAGGUAAUCGCAGAGAUGAAGCAACAAAUAGAAGCAGUCAAAUAUAAGAGCGAGAAAGAGAACCCAGAAGCGGAAUACACAGGCACCAAAAAGACAUACGCCGAAGCCAUAAGGGAUAGUAAGAACAAAAUCCCGAAAACUCUUCAUUCCAUAAUUGUAUCAUCUAGCAAUCAACUUGAUACAAGCGAAGAGGUCCUCAAUAAAGCCAAAGAAAAAAUUGAAGCAAAGAAGGAAGGACUGAGAAUUGAUAGAAUUAGAAAAUGCAAAGACGCAAGAAUAAUAAUAGGGUGUGAGACAAUAGAACAGAUUAAUAAAAUAGAGGAUAAACUAAAAUAUAGCAAAGGACUGAAGGUAGAAAAAAUUAAAAAUAAAGAUCCAUUAGUGAUAUUAAAAGACGUUUACAAUGACAUAGGAGAUGAAGAAAUUCUACAAGCAAUUAAAGAGCAGAAUAGUAACAUUUUCCAGGAUCUAAUAGAAGACGAUAAAAUAAUGAGAAUAAAAUUUAAGAAAAGCACAAAAAACAAAAAUGCCACCCACGUAGCUCUGCAAGUAAGACCGGCACUAUGGCAGAGGAUGACCGGGGCUGGAUACCUCCACGUAGACCUACAAAGGGUCAGAGUGGAGGACCAGUCCCCGGUGGUUCAGUGCACAAAAUGCCUGGAAUUCGGGCACGGGAGAAAAUUUUGCACUGCGGGCGCGGACAGGUGUAGCCACUGCGGGGGACCUCACCUUCGAACGGAAUGUCCCGAUAGGGAGGAGAAACCCCCGAGGUGCUGCAACUGCUCGCGCUCGGAGUUGCAGAAUACAGCCCAUAAUGCCUUCAGUAAAGAAUGCCCUACAAGAGCAAAAUGGGACUUUCUGGCCAGGGCCACAACGGCAUAUAGCUAGACAGAUAAAUACCGGACGAGACAAUACACAAAACGAACAAAAAACACAACACAGGCAAAAAGACAAUUACAAUAAAAAUGGGAAACACAACACACAUUCAAAACAUUACAUACAUAG